AUGACUCACCCCGCCCCACCCCGAGGCUUCGGAGAGUUCUAUAGGGGUUGUGCUAUAUCAGAACGUAAGCUUCUUCAUUUCCUUCCAUAUCCCUACAUCAGAAUGGCUAAAUCCCUGUCCGACACUAUCAAAAACGGUGCCGUUGAUUUGGCACCCUAUCAAGACCUGUACAAAUGGUUCCACGCUCAUCCGGAACUCUCCUGUCAGGAGUUGAAAACAUCCGAAAAGAUCACAGAGCAUCUCUCCCAAUUGAAUGCCUAUGAGAUCCAUACCAAAAUAGGUGGUUAUGGACUCGUAGGUGUUCUACGAAAUGGUCCCGGCAAGACAAUCCUCCUGCGCGCAGACAUGGACGCGCUUCCCGUGAAAGAGCUCACUGGUCUUCCGUAUGCCAGCACCGUGACCAUGCAGGAUACCAACGGAAUGGAACGGCCGGUCAUGCAUGCUUGUGGCCAUGAUAUGCACGUAACCUGCCUCCUUGCAGCUGCGGAAACACUAGCCAAGACCCGGGACUCAUGGAGCGGUACUUUGAUCGUGCUGUUUCAACCUGACGAGGAGCGGGGUGGCGGGGCCCAGGCCAUGGUUGAUGACGGGCUUUAUUCCAAGAUCCCUGUUCCGGAUAUUGUACUCGGUCAACAUGUUAUGCGGCUUCGCGCGGGCAGUGUUGGGCUACGUCCUUCCACGAUAAUGGCUGCAGCUGACUCGAUGCGGGUUACCGUGUUUGGGCGCGGAGGCCACGGGUCGUUGCCGCACCAGACUGUCGAUCCGGCCCUCCUGGCUGCCCAUAUUGUUGUUAGGCUCCAGAGUAUCGUGAGCCGAGAGAUUGAUCCCAGUGAUCUUGGUGUUGUCACGGUGGGAAGUCUGCAAGCCGGUCAGACGGAGAAUAUUAUUGCAGAUCGGGCCGAGAUCGGGCUUGACUUCCGUACAGUGAAAUUGGAGACUCGAGAGAAAAUCAUUGCUGCUAUUCGGCGAAUUGUCGAAGCUGAGUGCAUGGCUAGUGGAUCUCCCAAGCCACCCAUCUUUACCCCAACUCGUCGUUUCCCUCCUACCUUUAAUGAUGGCGAUGUUACCACCAAGCUGGCCACCUCCUUUGGAGACCACUUUGAAGACUUUGAUGGCGACACACCAAGAACCAACGUCAGCGAAGAUUUCUCAACGCUAGCUACAUGCAGGGAUUUGCCAAGUUGCUUUUGGUUCAUUGGCGGCAUUGAUCCUGAACUCUGGGAUAAGGCACAACGAGGAGAGAGCAGCGGAGAGGAAAUCGCCGGCAACCAUUCGGCAUUGUUCGCGCCUGUGAUUCAGCCUACGAUGAAGGCUGGAGUUGAUGCCCUUUGUAUCGCAGCAUUGACAUUCUUACGCGAAUGA